AUGGUGAUCUGUGUCUUUGGAAUGGUUGGGAAUGGGAUAGUCUUGUGGUUUCUGGGCUUCCAAAUGAAGCAAAACCAUUUCACCAUCUACAUCCUAAAUCUGGCUGUUGCUGACUGCUGUUUGCUCCUCCUGAUUUUUCUGGUGAUAUUGGGGAUUCUCAACUUAAAAAUAAUUUGUUAUGAUUUACAUUCUGUAAAUUCUUUCUUCAAUAAUUUCGUAUUUAUUCUUCGACUUCUGUGCAACUUCUUUGUCCUUACCAGCCUGGGUCUCCUGACAGCCAUCAGCACAGAGCGCUGUGUCUCUGUCAUCUUCCCUGUCUGGUACCGCUGCCACCGCCCUAAGCACUUGUCAGGCAUCAUGAGUGGGGUGCUCUGGGCCGGCGUCGGGUUGUUCAUUUUGUCAUACUAUGUUUGCUCUCACUUUGGUGAAAGGUGCUACAGACCAUUUGGAAGUGUGGGCAUUUUCUGUUCCGUGGUGUUGUCAUUAAUAAUGUUAAUUUCCAACGUGUCCGUGGUCAUGAGGCUCCGAUGUGGCUCACGGAGAUGGCGCCUGGGGAAACUCUAUGUUGCUGUUGUGCUCAACAUUAUCUUCUUCUUUGCCUUUGGGAUGCCUUACACUGUAAAUGCUUUCCUCAAUCUUUUAUAUUACCGUUUUCUGUUUCCUGAAACCGUGACCUUGGUGCUGGCUCUGCUGAACAGCAGCAUCAACCCAGUCAUUUACUUCCUGGUGGGGAGCUGCCGGCAGCGCCGCUUCCGAGGCUCCAUCCAAGUCGCCCUGCGCAGAGUGUUUGAAGAGAAAGAGAGGAGCAAGGAGGAGAGCCCCGCGCCUGAGGGCAUCCCCAUGGAGAGCACUGCCCAAGGCCCUGCUGGGGAGGGGGAGGCCUGAGCUGUGCUCCCCAUUGCAAUGAGGCUCCUGGCCCUGGCCCCACCAAAUAAACUGUGUGUGCUUUGGCUGA